GGGGCUGCCCAGGGAGGCGGCAGAGCCAGUGUUCUAGAAGUGUUUAAGACUGAGCGUGUUCCUCAGUGCUAUACUCUGGUUUACACGGUUGGUUGUAGGUUGGGCUCAGUGAUCUCCGGGUCUUUUCUAACCCAAGUGGGGCUGUGACUGAGCACAGCCGCGGUGCCCCGGGCCGGUGCCCGCCGCUGCACGGCAGCAGCACACGGCACUGAGGGAGCGCGCCGGCCUCGGCCCCAGCAGCGCCCGCCAUCGCCGCGGCACCUUCGCGGCCUUUUCUAUUCCUCCGGUACGUGCUACGUUACUUUCCGGCCACCGAACCCCGCACACUCAUUUACUGAUUUAUUAUUUGCGCUUAUUUCGCUCCCUUUCACGGCGCGGGGCCGAUUCCCCACAGGGCCCCUUGCCCACACGGCCGGGCCCGGCCCUUUUCCCGCUUCCUCCCGCCGCCGCCGUGGCGCGCGCGCGGCCCCGCCCCUCGCGCACAUCCGGGUCCCGGCGCUGGCCCCGCCGGCCCCGCCGCCGCCGCUCCCGUCCCGCCGCCUCCCCGGCAAAGUUUCGCUGCAGCAGCAGCGGCGGCCGCGGCCCAGCCGGCCCCUCACGGACACCCGCCCCGGGGAGGCCGCCCGCUCCGCGCCGGUACUAAAUUGGAGGAAUCGGUCAUCGUUUUUGGUGUGAAGACUUCAUCACUGACAUCUCUAUGUUCAUUUGUCAUCCUCCAGGAAAUAAUACAGCUCAUCAGUUGCAAGAACUGCUUUGGGUAUCCACUGACAUUUAUUUGGAAAAAAACAACUAAAUAAACAAAAAAAACCCCAACAGACAAAACCCAACAAACUUUUUGAAGACUUGUGUCAAAUGACGUCAAUGGCCAGUUUGUUCUCCUUUACUAGCCCAGCUGUAAAGCGUCUGUUGGGCUGGAAACAAGGAGAUGAAGAGGAAAAAUGGGCAGAAAAAGCUGUUGAUGCUUUGGUAAAAAAGCUGAAAAAGAAAAAGGGUGCUAUGGAAGAGCUGGAGAAAGCCUUGAGCAGUCCAGGGCAGCCCAGCAAGUGCGUUACUAUCCCCCGCUCCUUGGAUGGACGGCUGCAGGUCUCUCACAGGAAAGGCCUUCCCCACGUGAUUUACUGUCGUGUGUGGCGCUGGCCGGAUCUGCAGAGCCACCAUGAGCUGAAGCCAUUGGAUAUUUGUGAAUUUCCUUUUGGAUCCAAACAAAAGGAAGUCUGCAUCAAUCCAUACCACUACAAGAGGGUGGAGAGCCCAGUUCUACCUCCAGUGUUAGUGCCUAGACAUAGCGAAUUCAACCCGCAGCACAGUCUGCUGGUUCAGUUCAGGAACCUGAGCCACAACGAGCCCCACAUGCCUCACAACGCCACCUUCCCGGACUCCUUCCAGCAGCCCAACAGCACUCCCUUCUCCAUCUCACCCAACAGCCCCUACCCCCCUUCUCCAGCCAGCAGCACUUACCCGAGCUCCCCAGCCAGCUCCGGGCCCUCCAGCCCCUUCCAGCUGCCGGCUGAUACUCCACCUCCUGCAUAUAUGCCCCCUGAUGAGCAAAUGGGGCAGGAUAAUUCACAGUCCAUGGACACAAGCAAUACAAUGAUCCCUCAAAUCAUGCCAAAUAUAUCUACCAGAGAUGUUCAGCCCGUUGCCUAUGAGGAGCCCAAACACUGGUGUUCCAUUGUGUAUUAUGAGUUAAAUAACCGUGUUGGGGAGGCUUUCCAUGCAUCUUCCACAAGUGUCUUAGUAGAUGGGUUUACAGAUCCCUCCAAUAACAAGAACAGGUUCUGCUUAGGUUUGCUCUCCAACGUUAAUCGCAACUCAACGAUCGAGAACACUCGGCGGCACAUUGGCAAAGGAGUUCAUCUCUACUAUGUUGGUGGAGAAGUCUAUGCUGAGUGUUUAAGCGAUAGCAGCAUCUUUGUACAGAGCAGGAACUGCAACUACCACCAUGGCUUUCAUCCAACAACUGUUUGCAAGAUUCCCAGUGGAUGCAGUCUGAAAAUUUUUAACAAUCAGGAGUUUGCUCAGCUUUUAGCUCAGUCUGUCAACCAUGGAUUUGAAGCAGUAUAUGAGCUCACCAAAAUGUGCACCAUUCGCAUGAGUUUUGUAAAGGGCUGGGGAGCUGAGUAUCACCGGCAGGAUGUCACGAGCACCCCGUGCUGGAUAGAAAUUCAUCUUCAUGGACCCCUCCAGUGGCUGGAUAAAGUACUUACACAAAUGGGUUCUCCUCUUAAUCCCAUCUCAUCUGUUUCAUAGUGCUGAAAUCCCAUCUUCAGCCUUAUUUUUAGAGAACUUACUCUAACUCUAGAGAAACUUCCAGUGGAUACUGUGAGCUGUAUGGAGAAUGGAUCUUAUGAUUUAACUUUUUUUUUUUUUUAGAUCCCUUUGUGACCAAUUCCAUUGUGUAUAGCUAAUCAGUUUUACAUUUCAAAUUGUUCUUUUGAUGCUUAAGUGACAGUUGAGCCCUAAGGGAAAAAAUAGUCUAUUGAAAAAUUCAGAACACUUUUCCCCUUCUUCCCCUUAAAACUUAAACAGACAAAUGUCUUAACUGGAAAACCUUUUUGUCCUGUAGGGACAAGGAUUAAUGAAGACUGACUUCAGAAAAUAAAUACAUACCAUAAUUUGGGAUUUUUUAAUGUUUAUGAAACUGUUUGAACAUGUGCAGCUCCAGCUUGCAAGCUAUAUUUUUAGCACAGUGUUUUAAUAUCUUAAGGUUGACAUCUGUCAUAAGCAAAAUUAGACUUUAUUAUGGCUAAUUUGCCUCAGAUUGAACAAUGUGAUUUUUUUUUUAAGUGUACACAGGAAAUAUACUUUUUACAAAUAUUGGAGUGCUGUAAAAACACUUGUAUUUUCUAUUGGAAAAUGCUGUCAUAAACACAUUGUAUAUUAAUGCAGAAUAGCAGUUCUUAGCCUUUUCCCACUUUGGUUUUGUAAUAUCUCUUUUAACCACCAUUUAAAAUAGUAAUUGAUCCAAGGUAAACAUCCUACACGUUUCUGGAGUAGUGAUUCUUGUUUUGCUUUGAUUUACACUCAUGCCGUUUGGAUUUGGUUGCCAAGGCUAUUUCUUUUUAGGUACCUUUCUCUAUUUUAACAUAAACACUACUAUUUGUAAAUGGCAAUGCUUACUACUUUUUGGAAGGAAUAAGUGUUUUGUUUUCUUUUUGGUGUUCUAGCUGUUUAUUUUACCUGUCUGGAAUUGAUCUGUGUUAGGCCUUUUUAGUCUCGCAAUAGACAUCAUGCAGUAUUAGUGAUUACACUGUAUUUAAUUCACUUUCAAGUAUGAGUUUGAGUCUCUUUGAGGACUGUGAGUGGCUUAGCAAAUGAGUAAGUGAAUGCAGAAGCUUUUACUUCCAGAUCAUGUAAUUUAAUUCAAACCUGUUGGUAAUGACCAAAAGUAAUCACUUCUUCGCAGCCUGCAUGAAACAGUGCUCUUGAUCCUGUCCCUGAUGGCAGGGGUUCAAUCAGAAGACUUGUAACUGUGGUUGGCAUCUUUAUGGGAUUGAAGGACUGUGUUAAUAUGAUGAUGGAAUUUCUCUCUCACAUCUAAAGAAUCACAGAACGUUAAGGGUUGGAAGGGACCUUAAAGAUCUCCCAGUCCCAAUCCCCCCCUUCUAUGGGCAGGGACACCUCCCACCAGACCAGGUUGCUCCAGGCCUUCUCCAACCUGGCUUUGAGCACUGCCAGGGUUGGGGCAUCCACAGCCUCUCUGGGCAACCUGUGCCAGUGCUUUACCAGCCUCACGGUAAGGAAUUUCCUCUGUGUGUCUAAGCUGAAUUUGGCUUCCUUCAAUUUGGACCUGUUACUCCUUGUCCUAUCACUACAGUUCCAGACAAAGAGUCGUCCUCCAGCUUCCCUGUAGCCCCUUCAGAUACUGGAAAGUUCCCAUGAGGUCUCCACUUAAUCUUCCUUCUCCAGGCUGAACAGCCCCAACUUUUCAGCCUCUCUUUGCAGGGGAUGUGCUCCAGUCCUCUUACAGCACUGUAACCUCUGGGCUUGCUCCUGAAGUUCCAUGUCCUUCUGACACUGCAGAGCCCCGAGCUGUGCUCAGCACUGGGGUCAAACAAGAGCAGAGCAGAGGGGGCAAUUCCUCCCUGGCCCUGCUGCCCCCGUUCUGGGGAUGCAGCCCAGGACUCUGUUGGCUUUCUGGGCUGUGAGUGCUCAGUGCCAGUUCAUGGGGAGCUUUUCACCAGCUCAGGUGAGCUGGUCCCCCCCAGGUCUUUCUCUGCAGGGCUGCUCUCAGGCACUUCUCUGCCCAGCCUGUAGGUGUGCCUGGGAUUGCUGGGACCCAGGUGUAGGACGUGGCUCUGUUGAGCUUCAUGAUGUUUGCAUUUGGCAAACUUGGCUAGAGAAUUUAAACACUAUACUAAACACUAAAAUCAGUUACAUAACAUAUGCAUAUUUCCCUCCUUUAUAUCAUAAAAAAGAAAUGGAAAGAAACAUGUUAAGAGAUUUAGAAGUGAACUAUAUACAAAAUUUUGCAUGCAGAAAGACCCUAUUGUAUUUUUUAACCUCACCUUGCUUUUUUCUCUUUCCUGAACACCUUAUCAGAAAAGGGUUCAGUGUUUGAGGGAGAGGCUGAAAACUAAUAUGCAAAUAUGUAUUAAAAGAUGUGUUGCGGUUAAUUACUGCAAUCCUGAGAAAAUGAUUUUUUAAACAAGUUCUUGUGUCUUCUGUUGAAUGACAGUUUCUCCUCAAAUAUGGAAAUGAUGCAUCAUAUGGUACCUAAGUAACAAAUGAUCUUAAAGGAUUAAAAUUGUUUACGUGUCAUUAAAAUGUUUUUUAUAAAUUGCCUUAAAGGAAUAAACUGUAACACUUCUGCAGAACCCUAAUGUUCUCUUGUACAGGAAUUUCUGUAUUGCUGUUUUAGUUUUUUGUGUUUUGUUUUGCUUUUUUAAACAGUUUCUCAAGUAUGUUUGAAAACAGAUGAGUGCAUCUUCAGGAGAAGGGGAGUAACAUCAUUUACCACUUAGCUUUGGUUUCUUCCCUUUCAUUCCUUGGAGCUGCAACCCACAGACAGUUCUUUUGAUUGAAUAAGAUGCCAAGUCAGUUGGCCACAGGAUCCAGCUUCUAUUUUCUUCUUGAGGCCUGACAUUUGUCAAGCUGCUGAAUAUGUAUAUUUGACACUACAGAAUAUUAUAUUUCUUGACUAGCUUAUGUAAUAAAGAACAUGGCACAUUGAAUUAAGGAAAGAUUGCAGUUGUAGGUACAAGAUUUUUUCUUUAUCCAAAAUGUUUUGCACCUGGCUUCAUCUCUGUUCACUUGUAUGCUUAUAUGUGGCCAUCUGGAUGACUCAAGGACGGGUGCUGCAGUGGGUGUUGUGAGCCAGAGCUGGUGCUUAGUGCUGGUAUUGUGGUUACAUUGGCUACCCAUGCACUGAACCAUAAUUUCUGCAAUAAUACCCAGUUAACCCACUUCUGAUGCUGUCAUUAAGUACUGAAGUGUUCUGGCAUUUUUCUGCUUGUGUACAUAUUCUGGAACUGUAAUAGCUGCAGUGCUGGGAUAUCCUUGUGUCUGCUGGUUUUGGCAGGGCAGGCUUGCAGGAGCAAACCCCGUCAGAUUUGUCUGCAUUCUACUUCUCUGUUGCUUCCUAGUAGGGCUUUUUAGAAGCUUUCUGGUUAGCAGAUUUUGUGAGCUACUGGUUCAUGGUGUUGCUAAUCCUGUUUUGUUCGUCUUUGCUGCUGAUACAAAACUCAGAUAUGGGUGAAUGGAUUGGAUGGAAAGUUGCUUGGUGCCAAGGAUGUGCAAAGUGUAGCAAGAGCAGGGAGUGCUGCUCCUGGUACAGCACAUUGUGCAGAAAUCACGCCUUGGUCUAGAUAGAGGGACGGGGAAAUUGGCUCAGCCAGUGGUGUGGUAGUGGCAGAUGGAGCCUUUCCAGUGUAGCCCAGCUUAGACUGAAUGUUACUCCUCAGUAAAAACUGAUUUGGUUUUUGUAGUGUGUUUUCCUCUUUCUGCUUUGCACCAACCCCAGCCCUGACUGGCAGCUUUGGCACUACCAGCAGAGAGCUGGAGCAGACCUGGGCUUUCCUGGGAGUGCUUUUACAGUCCCUGGGGUCACACAGCAGCUUGGCUGCUGCUCCUUGGACACCUGGGCCUUGCUGGCAGUCAGGCAGUGCCUUGUAUCACACUCAAUAAAUGCAUUAGGCAUGAAGUAGUUGUCCAUAAAGGGCUGACACUCGCUUAUAGAAUCUACAGGACCAAAAUAAAACCACCUAGCACAACUGACUGGUGAAAGACAAACCUGACAGAACAGCCCAGCAGGCUAAAGAGUGAUGAAACAGCCCAGGUGUUACCAUUCAGGAUGGAAUUGUUUAAAAUGUUGGAAUUCUUUUAGUUUUGCAUGAAAUUAUGAUUUUUUUUCCCCCACAGUGUUACAGUGUGAAAGUUGAUUCUUGGGUGUAAGAUUGACUUGGAUUCUUGCAGUAUAACUGUAGAGGACAUUAAAAUGUGUCAGGCUUCCUCACUAGUCUGAAAUAAUAACUUUUUCAGGAUAUUGUUUUUCUUACUCCAAGUGUUGCUGGUGAUGGUUUCUGGAAAAGCAAGCAAACAAACAAAAACCAAAAAUGAAACCAAACCAUUUUCUAAAUGUUUUGCUUCAAAUCACAAACACCUCACUAAGUUUCUUCUGUAGUUGUGAAGUUUCUGUUGAGGAGGGUUUCCCAUUCUGAAUUCAAAUCAAUAGACCAAACCAUCAGAUUACAACAUAAUGUUGCUUUCUUGUGCUGCUCCAUAAACCUGCUUCUGUGUUUGUUGCAAGCAUAACCUUUAUGCUUUUGUUUACAUUGUAGGAAACACAGUUCUAGCAAUGAGGUUUUUUUCAUUUAACUCUAAACAUCUUUUUAUUUUGUUAAUUUUAAGAUUACUAGGUUUUGCUAUGUUAUGUUUUUAAAGAUAUUUUUUGCAUACUGCUGCUCAUAUUUCAAUAAACAAAACAAAAACCCCA